GUUGUGAAAAGUCACCACCACUGAUCACUCCAACCGCUCAAACUCCCCCAGAAUGGGUAGACGACCUGGUAGAGCUGCAGCAAAAAAUGCUGCUGCUGCCUUAAGUAAGCUUCUUUGCUGCAAAGCCUCCGGCGCAUUGAUCACGGAUUAUUGACCCCGGCCUUAGAGAACACUCCCCAAUACGACGAUGGCGACGAUGAGCAAAUGCCAGAUGCCUUUCAAUCUGACGCCGCUAGUCAACCAGAUGGUGAAGAUGAGAAUGCUGAGGAUGGAACUCCAGCAGCGGAGUCAGAUGCUGAAGAGGAAGCACCAUCAACGCCUGUUCCAGAGCCCGUUGUUCGUAAGAAAAGAUUAGGAAGGCCACCAAAAAAUCGACCCGCAGAUUGGGAUACCCAGGAGCCGGACAAUACCGCCGAAACUAGCACUCCGAGGCGAGGGCGUGGCCGAGGAUCUGGGCUCAGGGGCGGAGGAAGAUGGGCGAAGAGAGCUGGACCAUCACAUGUUACACAACAGCCGAUUGACAAAGAUGGGAAUAUGAUGGACGUUAUCGAUGACGAGCUUGACCUACCACAAGAUCCAGAGGGCGAGAAGAAGGUUGACAAGCUGGGAAAUCUCCAAGGCGGCCGAGAAUAUCGUUGCAGGACUUUCACUGUACUGAACAGAGGAGAGCGACUGUACAUGUUGUCCACUGAACCAGCAAGAUGUGUGGGCUUUCGAGACAGCUACCUAUUCUUCACAAAGCACAAGCGACUGUACAAGAUCAUUAUAAACGAUGAGGAGAAGCGUGACUUGAUCGAUCGCGAGCUCAUUCCACAUUCCUACAAGGGCCGUGCCAUUGGUAUUUGCACCGCCCGGUCUGUCUUCCGCGAGUUUGGUGCUCAGAUUAUUGUUGGUGGCAAGAGAAUUACCGAUGAUUAUGAGGUUACGAAGCUCAAGGCUGAGGGUGUGGUAGAGGGCGAAUUGGCCGAUCCAAAUGAUAUCUUCAAGGCUGGAGAGGACUACAACAAGAAUCAGUAUGUGGCGUGGCAUGGAGCAAGUUCAGUCUAUCACUCUGGUGCACCUACUGUUCCUCAACAGACUGGCAAACCAAUUCCCGGCAUAAAGAGAAAGGUCAUGAUAAAUGAUGUCAACUGGAUGCUGGAGCACGCUCGGGAGGCAAGCCGAUUCAAUGCUGCUCUGGGAGGUGUCCGUCGACAGACUCUCCCGGGGAUCUACGACCCGCAUACCAACAUCAUGCACUACCCCAAGACAAUGCAGCCAACUCACGCCAGAUGGGAGCAGAUUGACGACAGCGAGGCUGAAAUCAAAGCUUUGACAAACGGUCAUACCGAGGAGAACAUGGAGCCAAGCAUUUUCACGCCAGUCAAGCCGAUAUGCUCCAAAAACUACAUGAUAGUUGACACAGUAUUUGAAUCUUCUCCUUCCUCGACUUUGGUCGUACCAGGUCCAGAUGGUGACUUCCACGACCUUGGUCUGAAUGGCCUGGCUGGUAUCUCUGAUGAUAUCAAAGCAGAACUUCCUGAGGAAUGCCGUCUUGCUCUCGAGGAGGCUUUAGUGAAAGAGAUGCAGUGGAAGAACAAAUGGGGCUCUGAAAGCCAGUCUGGUCAUAGGCGAGCACCGAUUAUCGACAAAGGGGUCGUGUAGGCUGUUGAAGUAGAGCGACUAUAUUGGAGUGUACAACAGAGGUGUAAGAAGUGAUCACGUGGCAGUGACUCAAUGUGGCGUUGCUUUGGUGUGAUAUGCACAACCUAUCUGCAAGAUAGACUGAUCCUUGUAGCAAUA